UUUUCUAUGACAAAACUGAUCCCCUAAAAAAACAUUUAAAAAAAUUCACAUUUUUCUAUCUUUUAUCCAUGUAAAGGCAACCUCCUUUUUUGGGAUCUUCAAAUUUAAUUAGGAGAACCCGUAGAAAUUUAUUCUAGUUGCAAGAUCCGAAAGGAUUUAAUUGAAUUUCAGCGGUAAAUUAUAUCGCGGAAUUAAGGUAAAAAUAAAAACAAAUUGUUAAACAUCUUUGAAAAAAAAAAACAUUUUUAGCAAAAAUUGUUUUGGCAGAGUUACAUCAUCCUAAGGGGACUAAUUCAGCUUAAAUCUUUCGUCAGAAAAUCAUAUUGUAUUCCACAAGGUAAACACAAAAAAAUUACAAUUUUUUUAUACGUACAAAUUAUUGAUUCUUGAAAAAAGGCAAUUUUUAACCGUUGUUAUAUAGAUGUGACUCAAGAAUUGUUUCAUAUUACAGGUCGUAACAUUUUAAGUUUUUCUAUCAAAUUUUCUUAUUAAAAUUUGUGACAUCGCUCAAGAUGAGGGUAAUAAUUAUCAUAGGCAUAUGUUUGGUCAUGGCAACCCAAGUGAAUAGUUUUGUGGGCAUCACAUGGGGAAGGCAGCAAACACAACAAUUGGUUCCAUCUAUGGUUGUUGAUUUGCUUUUACAAAAUAAAAUUUCACAAUUGAGAUUAAUGACUUCAGGGUAUGAUAUUAUUGAAAUAUUUUCAGGCACUAAUAUUAGUGUUAGUGUUCUUAUGGGAAAUUCAUUUAUGUAUCAAGCAAAUAGGAAAGACCUUGCAUAUAAUUGGGUAAAUGAUAGAAUCAAGGAUCCAAUCAACAAAGGUGCAAACAUAGUGGAACUAACGGUGGGGUCCGAACCAUUUUCUAAUACGUUCUUAAAACAAGUAACGAACUACAAUGUGGUGCCCGUGUUAAAACUCAUGCGAGAAAGUCUCGAUGAGAUGGGUUUAGGGCAUGUUAGAACAACGACCGCACAUGGUAUGGAUGUAUUGAAUCACACAAAAGUUCCAUCGGAGUCGGACUUUCGCGAUGACAUAAAACCACAAAUGAUCGAAUCACUAGCGGAGUUCAAUCGAACCGGGGCUCCCUUUGUUCUCGUCAUGUUCCCAAUUCAUUUCGUUAAAGACGUAAUGAAUUACCCCAUAGAGUUUGCGUUCUUUGAUAAUAACAGCGGAUUUAAAAUCAAAGAUGGUAAUAUUACAUACACAAACGCCGUGGAGUUGAUGAUCGACUCCGUUGCGUGGGCAAUAAAAAAAGCAGGAUAUGAAAAUAUGAAAAUUAUGAUUGCUCAAAUUGGAUGGCCCACAGAUGGAUAUCCACAUGCAAAUGUUAAAAAUGCAGAGAGAUUUCACAAAGGGUUAUUGAAAUUUAUAACAUCAAAAAAAGGGACACCAAUGAAGCCAGGGCCAAUUGACAUAUAUCUACAUAGCUUGUGUGAUGAGAAUCAAUUUAACAAGAUUUUUGGUUUAUUUCAAAGACAUUGGGGUAUUUACCAGGCAGAUGGCAAUCCAAAGUACAAGAUUGAUUUAUCAUUACAGGGCCGUGACGUGUUACCUACUCAAGCUAAGGGCAUUGUGAAAAUGCCAAAUCGAUGGUGCAAGUUCAAUGGGGACACAACAAACAUGGAUUUGGUGAAUAAGAAUUAUGAUUUAGCAUGCCAAGUUUCAGAUUGUUCACAAUUGGAAAAAGGAGCUUCAUGUGAUGGACUAAGUUAUGCUUCCAAAGUUUCAUAUGCUAUGAAUGCAUUUUUCCAAAAAAACAAACAAGAAGUAAAAGAUUGUGAUUUUGAUGGUUUAGGUCAAAUUGUAGCAACAAAUCCCUCUGAGCCAAAUUGUGAGUUUCCCAUUGAGAUAUUGUCAUUCCAAGAUCAAAGGGUUCAAAAUGGUAUGGUUUUAAGAGUUUGAAGAACAAAAAAUAGAAAUGAAGUUGUAUUUCAUUUUGAGUUUAAGUAAUAUACAUUGUUAAUGUAAGUUAAAUCAUAUGAUUUUUUUGUCUGUUAUAACA